AUGACUUUUCUAAUUUGUCCCCGUUGGGGCAAAAUACAUCCGCCUUCUCCGUCUAGUGUUGCUCGGUCCGACCAUGAUGGCCCACUAGCGGCGGAGGAACCGCCGGCUCAGAAUCUAGUGCCCUCCGUCCCAUCCGAUGAUCCCAUUGAACAAUCUGAAAAGCAAUUCGAGAGUCUUUCUCAUCGUCUGCGACGCCGCUUCUCCCGAGAAUCCAAGACAAACGCCGAGGAUCGCGAUACCUCGAAGCUUGGAUUUCCCUUCAAUCUAAGGUCUAUCAAGUCAGCGCCAAAAAUAGGGACAAAGUUUGGGCAGAACCUCACAACCUUGGGCAAUCUUGGAAGCAGUUUGAUGAGCGAAAGGGCAUACGACAGCGAUGCGCAAUUCAUUACCACUCCCAGGCGUGCUGGCAACAGUAUCAGAUCUCCCUUUGCGAGACCUUUUCCGAGAAUGGAUCUGAGUGAUCUGAUUGAACGAAGCCAUGAGCGAAACUCCUCAGAGAAUCGGGCUGUUUCUUCUCAAGAUGGGAACAUAUCCAACCUUUCCCACCACGAGUCUGCGACUGGGAUGAAUUUUAUAUCUACGCCCACUGCCAGUGUGUCGUCUUUUCAAGGUCAUAAUGGAUCAAAUCAAAGUCUGAACCCUCUGCAAGCGGGAUCGGUUCUAGGAGAAUACGACUUGAACAUCACGUCUGCGAGAUCCUUCCCAGAUUUGACCUUCACUGGCCCUCUGUCGAUUCCCUCAUUUGCACCAACACCUGCCACCAUUGCCAUUCCGCGGCCUAAUGGUGGUUCAAGAUCACUGGCUGACUGGAAACAAUUUUUGCAAGAAAGCGGCCAGGUUUACAGCGCAGCAUCUUCGGAAACUCUGCCCAAUCUUUCCCCAGAUAUUUUGGUCAAGAAGAAACGACAAGUAUCUUCCUCAGCCAGAUCUUUUACCGAUCCUCGAUCAAUACAUCUUGACGAUUUGGGAAUCUCGAACCGGCUUGCCUCGCAAACUACAGCUUCCAAUUCCAUGCCUCGAUUGAUUCACCAAAACGAAUUCGGUUUCUUCGUUCCUCCAUCACAGGAAAAUCUUCAACCUCCAAAAAGGCCUGGAGCCUCAGCAGUAUCAGAUAUAGUUCCUCCAACUCCAAUGCCUAGGAAACAUGAUUUUUCUUCUUUCUACUCGCCACAAUCAGGCUCCAUUACAUCCAACAGGUCCCCUAUGGAUUCACAGAGAAGUGUGAACAAUCUCGCAAUGAGCAAUCCUCAGAUCAAGGAGAAGAUCCCGGACGAGAGUGAAAUUGUUCAGAGCAGUCAACUUUACGCAAAUGGAGCUGUGCAGAGCAAAUUCCGAGAGCAUUGCGAAAGUCCUGAUUCUGAGCAGACGAAAUCUCAUGAGCCGCCGAAUGAUCUCGACAAGGCCUGUCCGCCACGAAAAGUCAGCGUCGGCUGGAUGUCCGAAGGCCGAAGGGUAGGCUAUGGUUACAGUCCUGUGCCCAUCGAGGACGAACCGCAUAUUCAAAAUGAGCCGAUUUAUCAUCCAUACCGCAAGCCCGAGCCAGAAUCUAGAGCCGAAAAAAUGCCAGUCAGCUUCAACAAAAUCGACUAUCAAAAGCUUUCAAAGAAUAAUUUCGAGUCUACGGAAGAUUUCACACUCGGGCCAAGCCCAAGCAUGGCUAGCAAUUGUUCAGAUAUCGACAAUCCCAGCCUAUCUCCAAUCCCGAAGGUCAAGACAUCCGAAUACCCUACGGCACCACAUAUCCGAGCAAUGUUUGGAAGCCGCAGAGGUCGAACCGAUGACCCUUCAUCCGUCCAGACUCACGAAGGGGGCUUCAGAAGUCUACGGGCCCCAGGGCUGCCUCCAACGACCCACAUCGAGCACUGCCAAGUCCCAAAGAGCUCGAAGUAUAGCAACCAAGCCAACGACUCUUUUGCUCAGCGCUGGUCCCGUCUCAGCCCAACUCUGAAACAAGCUGCUAUUGUCUCGGGUGGUAAUGCAGAUGACGAUAAUCCGGGAUGUUUUGACCUCGGUGAUCAAUACCAUGUUCAAGAGCCUUGCUCUCUCCAGCCUAAAAAAUCUCGGAGUGAAAAAUGGGCCCGGCGUUUCACUCGUCGCCGAGAGACCAGACGUAUCUCGAUUGUCCAGCAGCAGGACUCUUCACAGAGUUCCUCGGACCAGUAUGAAGAUUGUGUGUCGGAGGAUCCUCAGCGAAAAACAACAGAAGAUCUGGCGAGCAUGUACCAGGACUGUAUUGAUAUGCCCGGCUCUUUUGAUGGCAGCCGCUGGGCGACUCGAAGAAGCCGAAUGCCGUUGUGGGAUGCGUGCACUGAGGGUCUCUGGCAUUCAGCCUGA